GCUGCGCAAAAAAAGUUGCCCCUCCAAAAUUUUCACCUCGAGUGCAUAUGGAAAUCCACUUACGAUCACCAACUGCCUCGCAAUCCACUUGAGCAAGAUUUGCAAGUGCCACUACAUAGUAAUUUAUUACGGAAAUUUCCCUCAAAACUCAGCCUGAUAAGAAAAUAUAUCACAUUACUUCAGCCUUGCGGUUGGCCCAGAGCCCUGUAGUUACCAUCGACUUGAUACCCGCUAAGCUGCUCAACCGAAAUAUUUCAAGAUGGGUGUGACGAACAAGAAAACCAUAACGAAGACGCGAAGGAAGACCAGGGACGUGGACCAGAUCAAGGCGGACUUGUUGUCGCCCAAGCAUCUGGCUCAGUGGAAAGACACCAAAGCCUCGGAGGAUCUCCCUGGCCUCGGCAGGCAUUACUGCAUCGAGUGCGCCAAGUGGUUCGAGACGGACUACAGUCUUGUAGAGCACCGCAAGGGCAAGCCUCACAAGCGACGUGUCAAGCAGCUUCAGGAGGAACCUUAUACACAAAAGGAGGCCGAGGCUGCUAUCGGUCUGAGAACGGACAACAAGGGUCCUCAGCCAAGAGGUGAGGCAGAUGUGGACAUGGCAUGAUUUUUUUUUCAAUGUUCUAUGGUACCUGUCCCUCAGACGAGGGAUCUCGCAUUUUCUGGGUUUGGAGGCGUUUGGCGUUUGAGCCCAUCAGCGGCGUUUUGUUCAAGUUUAUAACCCAAAAGCAUACAAGGAUUUAUCGGUGAACAAAUAUUCAAGGACAGUCAUGCUUAAAAGUCAUGAGACUGUGUUGGGGAAUAUUGAGAGGAAGCAUUCGCAUAGCAUCGAUACUGACCUCUUCUCAACCGUGUUACUAAUGAUAAAUCCUGCAUGGGUCCUACUAGGGAAAGUUAUCAAUACUUUGAGCAAACACCUGGGACGAAGCAGGCAUUAAGAUUACUGAAAAAUAGCUGGUGCUUGGGGGCUCCCGGUGUUUUUUUUGGUUGCUUUUUAGAUUCAGCUGAUCCGUUUGCACCGAAAAGGCACUCUUCAUCUCUUAAUUCCCCCAUUCCCACUAUUUCCUUGUCUGCCAACCUCUCAGUGCAACUUCAGAAGUCC